AUGGCGGCGCCGCCGCCGGCCCCCCCGCACCCCGCGGCUCCGCUGGGCGGGCGCGACCCCCGCCCCUCGGCGCGGCCUCAAGGGAUGGAGGCGGGAGGCAGCCGGGCGACCCAGCGGCUGCUGUCCCCUGGCCGGCUUGGACAGCUCCGCUUGGCAGCGCCCGCCUCAGCGCCGCCCGGUGCCCGGGUCGCUGGCAGGGGCCGGCCCCUUCGCGGCCGGUGGGCGCCGAGGACGGGCUGCGGUGCCCUGUCGCCUUCGGGACCGGGCGAUUCCUCCGGGCUUCCACCUCCUUCUUCCCCACUGGGGUGCUCGCUCUCCUUUCGCCCCCUUUUUGUCCUUCUCGCCCUUUACUCUCGCUGCUCCAUGGGGCCGAAGGAGGGGGGCGAGGAGGUCCCCGUGGAGCCGGUGCGAGUAGAGGGCGGGCGGGCGGGCGGCUGCCGGAGCCGGGGCUUCUCCGCGUCCGCCCGGGCUCGGUGCUCCUCGGGGGCGCUGCCGCUGCUGCCGUUCGGCGCUCCCGGGGCGCGGGGAGAAGCUCUCAGGGCCGUCGGGGAUACUCCGCUCUCUCCGGCUUCGAGCGCUGUCAGUGCCGGGACGCCGGGCUGGCUCCUCGCUGCGAGGCGGGCAGCAGACGGGUUAUUAGGGUUAUUAGUGUUAUUGUCAUUAUCUCUCCCUUCCCCUGUGGUUGUGUGUCUCUCCACCACUUUCAGACCAGCCCAUUAUAACGCCGGCGAGAGGCGGAGCCAGGACAAAGAUCUGAAAGGGUGGUGGGUGGAGAAGCAAGGUAGCAAAGGUCCCUCCCCUUCCCGGGUAUUUCGAACGAAGCCGCAGUUCGGCGCGACUAAGCAGAGCCGGCCCGCCUCCCAGGUGUAAAAUGCAGAAUGACUUAUAGGUGGCAGAGCUGAACCUGUUACUGCAGUGAUUUAUUUUAAUAGCGCCGUAUAAAGCAACAAGUUGUAAUAUGACAGCUCAACAACCUGUUGGAAAAUAAUACAUGGCUUUGCAGUUGUGAAUUCCUAAUGAUUUAUGCAGCCUGACAAAACAGUUUCAGUCCUGGUCUUCUCUUUCCUUCUGUCAUAAGCACACCUGGUGCAGAGGUAGAAUGGGAACAGGUGACAAGGAAUGAUGGCGAGUCCUGCUGAAAAUAAUUUGGUAAGUCAGUUGCAACCCGUCUGUAGAACUGAGCUCUCUGGAGCCCUUGUCCUGUGCUGUGUCCACUGAGGUAUCCACCACAAGGCCUCACUGGAAAGUGCUGUACUAUUUAGCAAGGAGCUGUCAAAAUGGAGCUUGCUCUGUCUCGAGACUCAGAUAAUUUAUAGCUAAUUCUUGCUUUUACUACUGCUGUGUUAAGCCUCCAGGGCUUGAAUGAGGUUCCACACUGGCAUAAGAUGAACCUCUCUGGAAUAUAUUGCAGGUUUGCAGUCUGAGAAAUACGUGACAUAAAAGAGUGCAGGGUGAGGUUAAAUCAACACAGUAUUUACAACAUAUUUUGUGAUGACUUAAUUCAGUAACUGUCCCCAAAGGCUUUUCUCAUGGCUGAUUACCGGGUUUCAUGUAACUGCACCACCAGAGACAAAAUCCAAAUGGUGGAUUUCUUGUGGAUCUCUUCAAGAGAUACUUGUGGAUCUCUUCAAGGAAAUUUUUCUUACAGUGAGGAGGAAACUGGUAUUGGAAAGCAGCACGUGUAUUGAUAAUCCUGGAUAUAUAAUUGCCAGGAGGGAAUUGCUUGCUAAGGGGCAGGCUCCACCGCAAUUAGAAGUUACGCUGUGUUACGCUUGUUAUGAAGUUAUGAUGCAGAAACCAUUUGGUGAAAUUCUGUGGCUCUCUGCCAAGCAUAGUGAAUGGUUUUUGCUACUGGUGCCAAACAAACUUAAAAAGAAACCAUCAUAGCUUGUUUUUGCUGGUGCCAGACCAAAUAUCUGUUGGCAUCAAACUUGGUAUUGAUGCCAGAGGCUUGCUAUCACUGGCCCAUGAUAUGAGGAAACACCAGCUGAGCUGUUACAAUAGCCUCUCACUGCCUUCAAAUCCAUGCAUUGAUGGAGGAAAGUGAACAACCUUGUGAGAAGAGAAUUACAGCAAAGUUAACUAAGGGAUGAAGGACUUAGAAUAUGUGAUGGAGACUCACUGAACUUUGCUAGCCCUUGCUGGCGUACACCUAAGCCAACUCAAACCCACAUAUAUUUGACAUGGGUAAACAGUGACUUGAGAUAUGAAGGAUAUGUUUCAAUUCAAUGAAGUUAAAGUACUAUUUAUAGCACUGUGGAUCAACAAAUUAAUCACCUUGCCAAUAAUAUUCCAGUUGAACAGCAAUAAGUAUUUAACAUUCUUACUUCUGGGUUGGAUUUCUUUUGUUAUUUCUUUGCUUUCAAAAAGUUAUUUCUGGGUGGAAUCCCAUGAUUUAUAUAGGCCUUAGCCAAAUCUAUGAAUAAUUAAUGGUGUGAAAACCUUCUUGAUUUUUAUUUUUUACAAGGCAAAGUAAAAUGCAUUAUAAUGGAGCUAUUUGGGAGCAAGCUGCUGACAGUCAGACUUUGCUGUGGUAGGCAGGAUUUGGCAGUACUACCCCGAGAUUGGACCUCUCUGCUGCAUUUUCUGUCCUCUGUUUGCUGUGUUCUGUUUUCCUCCUCUGCAGCCCUCCUGGACAGCUCCAGAACCAUUGGAAUCUUUGAAAAUCUGGUCCAUGCUGCUGCUGGCUUACUCCUGGAACAGAGAGCAGAGUUAUACCGAGGGUGCAUCCACUGCAGUACCUCAGGUGGCGAGGGAUGGGGAUUUAUAUCCUGCAAACUGGUUCUAAAAAUCGAGCAUGUUUUCACCACCUUCCAGAGAAAUGUAGCAAAUACUUGGAGAGCUGGUCCUUCUGUUGCUGCAGAUGUAAUAAAAUCAUUACUUUGUUGAGUUGCAUGCACUGUGUAUUUGAUUUCCAGUUCCUAGGUGAGUUCUUAAGGGAUUAGCUGAGUUUCAGUCUCUUUAAGGUGUGAAUAAACAUCCUGUUGCCUCACACCCAUGAAAUUUCUUCCCAACAGUUGUCAGAGUGCUUUGUGCAGAGUGUUGCUAUUUUGGUUCUCUAAGUAAAGGUUCACAGGGUUUGAAUGUCUUGGCCAAACUUACAUGAUCUAAGAUGGGAAUGGAACAUGGGUUUCCUAAUUCCUCCACUACUUCUCUACCUACUAACCCUGUUGUUUCCCUGAACCUUUACAUAUACUUUAGUAGAUUAAUAAUUAACCUCCAAGUGGGGCACUUUGAAGCAAAUGUAAAAUGAAACCAAACACUUGUCAUGGUUUUUAGUCAUACCAGAUUUGCAAGUAGGGUGUGUUUAAAUGAGGCAGGUAGAUAAAGUCUUGUUAAUUUAGAUUAGAGUAAAAGUCAGUGCCUUAUCAAAGCAAGUGACUAAUUAGGAAAACUAUUACCUUUUGGAAAAGAAACAGUUGAACUAUCACUCAAAAUUAUUUUGACUAAUUGAACUGUGCAACUGCUCAGGCUCCUGCAACUGCUGAGAAAGAGGAAAGACAGAGAGCUUUUCCCAGGAAUUGCCAGCGUUCUGGGGACUUUUUGAUAAUUUUGCUUUUAGAAAGUUAACAAUACUUGUCAUCACUGCGUAAACAAGGAGAAGGGAGGAGAGUCCCAUGAGUCAUCAAGGAGCCAAAUAUACAGAAUUUAAGUGAAGAACUGGAGCAUUUGUACUAAAUACACUGCCUUCAUUCUCUUCACCUUACUGAGCCAACAGGACAGCAAAGUGCUUGUGAAUGGUUUGAAAUGAUGAAGUGAAUCUCAGGUCUGUAAUAACAGACGUUGGGCAUUUGGGAACCUGCAAGGGUGGAAACAGAAGGGCAAAUUCAUGGUGUGAAAAGAAAGAUUACGAUCAGACUGUAUUUAU